UGUUUUACGUUGUUUAUCGAUGCCUUUGUCGCUGAUCUAAGCUCCCUUGAUCACUUUUUCGCUAAUCAAUUCCAUUUUUAAUUUUUUUUUCUUGUAUUUGUUUUUGAGUUUACGUUGUUUAUCGAUGCCUUUGUCGCUGCUCUAAGGUCCAUUGAUCGCCUUUUGCUCAUCGAUUCCAUUUUUUUUUUUGAAUUUGUUUUGAGUUUAGAUGUCUUUGCUUUAAUAUGUGCUUAGAUUUCUUGGUGAAAUUACAAUUUCUGUAUUUCGCAAUCAAACCAAUUGAAUCGCCAUGGCUUCCCGCCUUUUUUCCCUCGCAAAAUCCUUCUUAAACCCUAAAUUCCCAAAUCCACGCUCCUUCUCCACCUCUUUUCUCAUAACCAAAACCCCCAAGAAACAUAAACCCAAACGCCCCAAACCCGAUUCUCCCCGCACCAGAUCCGUCACACCCGACUCCAACAAAAUCCCCCAUUUCGAAUCCCUCCUCGCCCGUGAUGCCAAGUACCGAUUCCUCACCAAAACCAAAGAUUUCCUAUCCAAACAACCCGAACAGAUCCUCCGCCUCGACGACGCCGGAAAACUCUACCGGGAACUCGGAUUCCCCCGCGGCCGUAAAGUCACCAAAUUCAUUUCCCGCUACCCGCUGCUCUUCACCUCUUACCGUCACUCCGACAAUAAAAUCUGGCUCGGGUUUACUGAUUUUAUGGACCAAUUACUCCUCGAAGAGAGAUCAAUCAUGGAAGCCAUGAUAGAAGAUCGAGUCACGAGAAUCCGUAAAUUAUUAAUGAUGUCGAAGAAUAAACGGAUUCCAUUAAGCAAAAUUUAUCAUAAACGGCUUAUAUUUGGAAUUCCUGAGGAUUUCAGGGACAAAAUCGGGAAAUACCCUGAUUAUUUUCGUCUCGUGGUUGAAGAUGAUGGGAAACAUAUCCUUGAGUUAGUAAAUUGGGAUCCAAGUUUAGCUGUUAGUGCAUUGGAGAAGGAGUUUUUAGUGAAUGAAGAUAAGGUUAAGAAAGCUUUCAAGUUUCCGGUUAAGUAUGGUAAAGAUUUAGGAUUGGAGGAAAAUGAUGUGAAGAAGCUUAACUUGCUAAACACGUUACCAUUAGUUUCGCCUUAUUCUGACGGGUGGAAGUUGGACUCGUGGAGUUUGGAAGCGGAAAAAUAUAGGGUUGGAAUUAUACAUGAGUUUUUGAGCUUGACUUUGGAGAAAAGAGCUUUGAUACAUCAUAUUGUGGAGUUCAAGGAGGAGUUUAGUUUGACUAGGCAAACUUAUGAGAUGCUCAAGAGACAACCUUGGACGUUUUAUUUGGCCGGGACGGAGAUGAAUUGGGCGGUGUUUUUGAAGGAUGGGUAUGAUGAGAAUGGUAACUUAAUUGACAAGGAUCCACUGUUGGUUUUCAAUGAAAAACUUUAUAAGUUUGCUCAAAUGCAAGAAGAAGAAGAAGAAGAAGAGAUUUCUGGAUUUAGGGAGAAAUUACGAGGGGAUUGACAUUUUUUAGUGGUUAACCUUGUGGACGCUUGUGUAUAUUAAAACGAAUCUUCAACCUUGUCUGCUUAGCAAAACUGCAAAACCCUUAAUUUAUGUAUGUAGAUUUAAUGAAUCACAUUACUCUGUUUCAUUAAAUGUGUAUUUUUACAGGUAUUGUCUAUCAGUAAAUGUGACUGGAUUUGUACA